AUGAUUCGUUUAUUCAAUCAUUUAUGCACAUCAAGACCAUUACUUAAAAAAUUCAUUAUUAAUGCUGCUGGAGAACGUCGGUAUUACUCUUCUUCACCAUGUCAUUAUGGAAUCUGUAUAGAUAUCGAUGGUGUUCUUAUAAAAGGAACAAAGGUUGUACCUGAAACCAAAAGUGCACUUCGAUUUUUGAACGGCGAAAAUAAAUUAAAAAAAAAGAUUCCUUUUAUCUUAUUAACUAACGGCGGUGGUGUGACAGAAACAAAAAAAGCAGAGGAAUUGAGUGAGAAAUUAGGAUUUCCAAUUAAACCGUCACAAUUAACACUAGCUCAUUCCCCGAUGCAUCAACUUGUACCUAUGUUUAAAGACUCUGAUGUAUUGGUGAUUGGUGGAGUGGGUGAUAAUUGCAGAAUUGUUGCUGAAAGUUAUGGUUUUAACCGGAUUAUAAUUCCAAAUGAUGUAUUAGCCUGGAAACCAUGUAUUUGGCCAUUUACCAAGCUUAGUGAAGAUGAUUUGAAACUUACAAAGAAAUUGGAUUUUUCCAAUAUUAAAAUUGAAGCUAUCAUGAUGUUUCACGAUAGUCGUGACUGGGGUAGAGAUUUACAAAUAAUAUUAGACGUCCUACGAAGUAAAGAUGGUUAUUUAGAAACUCUUGCCAGUCCUCAAGAACUUUCAACGCGUAACUUUCCCUUAUUUUUUUCUAAUCCUGAUAUUAUUUGGUCAAAUGAUUGUAUAGUCCCAAGAAUGGCUCAAGGCUCUUUUAGGUUGUGUUUAGAACAUUUGUAUGAGUCUUUAUUUCAAAAGAAAGAAACAGGAUUACAACUCAAGUACACAUUGUUUGGGAAACCUGAGACGGUAACUUAUAAAUAUGCACAUAAGCUGUUGGAAGAUUAUUCAUUUGAAAUCACUGGACAAAAAUUACCCAAUAGAAGAAUUUAUGCUGUUGGAGAUAAUCCCGCUUCAGAUAUAGCAGGUGCUAAUAGAUAUGGUUGGACCUCAAUUCUAGUAAGAACUGGUGUAUUUAAAGGAGACAACCAUCUAUUAAAUCCAGCAAAAUAUGUAGCUGAUAAUAUUUUACAAGCUGUAGAGUGGAUGUUUGAUCAAGAAGAAAAGUUUGGUAUGAAAGAAUAA